CGUCAAUAUCACUGUCAGGAUUUAUUCUUUCCUUGAAACGGAGUUUCGUGACGUGAUUGUUUUCGUUAGUUACCGUUUUUUAUCAGUUAAUAAGUGAAAUUCAAUUGAAAAAAGUAUUCGGACGUCGAAUUUUUGACUUAUUCUUCCGUCUAAACUCAGCAAAGAUGGAGCAAGUGCUAUACAACGUGGCGCAGACCGUGGAAAAACAGCUGGACAGCGAGCUGGAGAGGCUAGAUGCGCUGGACAACAGUGACCUGGAGGCCAUCAGACAGCAGCGCCUCACCGAGAUGAAGCAGAGAGCCCAGAAGAAACAGGAGUGGCUCGCCAAUGGCCACGGCGAAUACACAGAGCUGGACGGCGAGAAAGAGUUCUUCAGCGUGUGUAACAAGUCCGAGAACGUCGUGUGUCACUUCUACAAGUCGGACUCGCCGCGCUGUCGCAUCGUCGACAUGCAUCUCAAGAUAUUGGCGAAGAAGCAUGUCGAGACGCGGUUUGUUAAGCUGGACGCUGAGCGGGCUCCCUUCCUGGCUGGCCGUCUGAAGAUCCGCGUGAUCCCCACCAUCGCGCUGGUGAAGAGCAACAAGACCAAGGACUUCAUCGUGGGGUUCACGGAGCUCGGCAACCGGGACGACUUCUCCACCGAGACCCUGGAGUGGAGGAUAGCGAGAUCAGCCCUGAUUGAGUACUCCGGUGACCUGACCGUGCCCCCGGAGGAAGCCCGAGCGCAGCGAAAGCUUCACCUGCAGAGCAAGAAGACCGUCCGCGGGCGACAAGACUCGGACUCCGAUGACGGCCUCAGCGACUGAUGCUCUACACUACAAUGGAUAUAGUUUUAAAUUAUAUGUGACCCGGUUAAAAGGCUUUGGCAAUUUUGUAUGUGAUGACACCUCACAACCAUACAUUCAUAUUGUAUAAAAUGGGCAAAGGUUUGACAGCUGCAGUAGGUGGCGCUGUAAUGCUACCGUGGUAGAAUUAUCAAAUGUUAACUUUUGACAACGAAAAGAAAAAAAGAAAAUGGUGGUGAUUUGAUUCCUUAAAUUUUAUUGAAAAAUAAAUUGUAUGGCAAUUAUAUUCAUCGUUUCGUCCCUUUCCAUCAUACCUAUACAUCGGAAAGGGACAAACGAUUAUUAGCGGCUUGUCAACUUUUAGUAGACGUUUAUGAAUAAGGGGGGUAAAAGUUUAAAAUUAAAUUAACGUUUAUUUCAAGCUAGUGGCUCAUAAAGUGUUAGUUAUGUACAAUAAAAUUUAAAAAACGAUGUUAGUAACAAUACAUAUUUUAACUAAAAUCACGAUUGUUCUACGUCACUGGGUUUGUGCACACACCAGUGCACAAUGUACGGACAGACAGUUCUGUCUGCAAUCACAGCUACAAAUCAAAGUGAAUUUGAAAUAGCGGUGGAUUGUCAAAGUAAACUUUGUGGCCACAGUAAAUUUACUGCCAUCUUUUGACACAUGAUUAAAACUUUUAGAACGCCAUUUGACUUUGAUCCUUAUUAUUUCACUGAUAUGUGUUAAAUUUGUUAAAUAUCAAAAAGUGGCGCCAUCUUACCGGGCAUCGGCUAAAGGUUGUGGCGCCAUCACUCGAAACGUUGCUGCUAUACCUUUGGCCUUUGAUCUAUUAGAUGGCGCCACUUUUUGAUAUUUAACAAAUUUCACACAUAUCAGUGAAAAAAUACGGAUUAAAGGCAAAUGGCGUACUAAAAGUUUCAAUCAUGUUUCAAAAGAUGGCAGUAAAUUUACCGUGGUCACAAAGUUUACUUUGACAAUCCACCUCUAUUUCAAAUUCUCUUUGGUUUGAAUGACCCUUGAUAUGCGCAAGUCUGUUCCAUUUAACAACAUGCAUUUAAAAUAACACAAAAAUACAAUAUAUUAAAAAUACCUUUCAACUCAUUAGAUUAAGUUUUGUGCCUUCAAAUGUGAAGUUGGGAAGAAUGUGUUUUUGUAUAAAAACAUCUUUCAAAUUUAUUUUUAUUUAAAUAUAUUCAAUUUUUUUUUA